AUGAACAGCGUUGGGCUCGGGCUGUAAUUUAUAAAGACCUUUAAUACAUCACGGUGGGUGGAGGCUCUCGGCUUUGUCCCGGACAAGGCGGCCUGUAGCGAAGUUCUUUUUACGUUACCGCACGCUACGUUUUAUUUGCUCGUCGGGCAGCUCUUGCGUGCUUCGGAUGUAUCUCGAUCCCUCAUUCGAGUGCCUUUUUUUUUUUUUUUUCCACCACCCUAAGUAUGAGGUUAUUUCCAAAUAGAAUAACACUGGGGUAUGAUUUCACUUUGGACUGCAAUUAAAAAUUAUUACAGUCAUGAGGAAGUGUAGCUUUAAAGCAUUUGUGUGCUUUCAGAAUGAUUGCUGUGGGGGAUGGAGAUGGGUUGGUAAUGGGUAAAAAAUCAAGUAUGCAAAUUGGUUCAGCCAAUUGACGUCAUAACGUGAACGCGGUGUCACUUGGGGACACCCCAGCUGCCUGUGUGAGCAGCAGGCCUGGAGUGGAGCCACUGCCAGCUGGUUUGGGGGGUGGAGGGCAGGGUUGCGUUCCGCGAAACCCAUCGUAAGUCGAAAAUAUCGUCACUCGAAUAUGCAUUUAAUACACCUAAUACACACCUCUGUGUGACAGACUGGGAGAUGCGGGUCGCUGCCGCUGCCCGGCAUCGCAAGACAGCAUCGCUCCGCAUAUCGCUUGCUCGGGAAAAAUCAAAAAUCAAAAUUCGAAGUACGGUUUCUACUGAACGUCUGUUGCCAGCUCACAAUCGUAAAGUCGAAAAACUCGUAAGUCGAGCCAUCGUACAUUGGGGACCACCUGUAUGUGGUACAGGUGGUCAGAGAAAUGAGGUGGGGGGGGGAGCCACCUGAAAAGGUCCCAGGUGGAGACCCGUGACACAAAAAUGCUGUUUGAGUAACGCAGACCUACGGUGGCGUACUUGGUUAAGGGUACGGCGUAAGCGCGUACAAACUGUCGAGACUUCAGAGUUUGACACAGGAAGGUACCGAGUUGUCGAAGAACAAUGGCAGGAAGUGGCAGUCUUUUUGAGAAGGUUUGGUUGUUUGUUUUAUUAUUAUUUAUUUAUUUUUUUAACAAGUUCUUUUUUACCUUUCCACCACUGCCUGCAUGUAUGCUGUUUUUUUUUUUUUAUGCCUUAUUUCUGCGCACCGUCUUUGGUGCAGGACAUGGGUAGAAGGGCAUCUAGCAGCCGUGAACUUGACACUUGGAAGGAUCUGUUAGACUUUGAACAAAGUCUUCAGUCUUCAAGUGUCUUGAUGGAGUAUCUCAUGCAUGUGCGUACCGGUUUAUUUGAGCCAAACGGAGCUUGCACGGAUUGGACCGGUUCAAUCCGAUUUUAUUUAUUUAUUUAUUUAAGCCUUUUUCCUGCCUUUAUCCAUUUGCACACUCAAUUCAAAUAAUGGACCAUCAGAAAAUGGACUGUCGACAUUAAGGUUGAACUUCAGCUAAAGCUGUCCGAUCCCAGCAACAAUCUAUUUCAUAUUUAAUAGAUGCUUUUAUCUCAGUCUAUUUUCAGAGUUUAUGUAUUUCUGCCUUUUUUUUUUUUUUUUUUUCCCCCCUCCUGCAUUCAUGUGGCCCAUUCUUCAUAUCUACAUCCAUGACUGUAGUUUCCAGGUAACAGGUGUGCAACACCACUGGUUCCACUUGAAUACUGAUUCCCUUCUGUGCAUUAAUGACCUUUACACCAGGGUAUAUUUGGCUGAAACGCUUUUUGCUGGACCAUAUAACAUUCCUGGGAUUUAAACCUCCAGUCCUCUUGCCAGGACAGACACUCUUGUUCCUCAGCUGGUCAAUACAGCCAUAGAUCCCUAAGCAGAUCCCUAAACAUGAUUAUAAAGGGUAAGAGAAAUGCGUCCGUAGUUUUUAGUCCCUCGGAACCUCUGGAUCCUUUCAAGCGUUUCAGAAAGGUCUCCUUUGGACCCAAUCCUCUAGCUUCAUAGAUUUCCACCACACCAUUUCUCACUAUCAUGCUUAUAUUUCUUGUUGGACUUGCAAGUCUAUAGGCAGCUACUUAUUUAAUUAUGAGCUGGGAAAAAGAGGGAUGCUGGGCAGCCUCCGUCAAUGUGUGUGUAUCAUAAGCUAUUGUGGACUGCACUUUUGUACGCCAUGAUUUGCUAAGUUGCUUUGGGGGAAAAAAGGCGAGUAUCUGCAGAAUGAAUAAAUGUAAAUCCGUUCUAAGAAUAUAAGGACACAUCACGGUAUAAUUGCUGUACUCUUUUGUGCAAGGUCUUUUCAGCGCUUCUUACACCCCUAACAACUCCAAAGGACUUUGGUGGGUUGCUUGGAGUAAAUGGUUCAACUGGCACUUCUGCUGCCUGUGGUCUGUUACAGCCUGUUGGACCACGGUAUUCUAGGAUGUCUGCUCUUCGCUGUAGGAGGAACAAGAGACGUGGGGCAAUCUCGUAUGACAGUUCUGAUCAAACUGCCCUCUACAUUCGUAUGCUCGGGGCUUGUGUAAUAUUCAAACAGCUGUUUUCAAGAGAUGUGAGAGUGAGAAGCCGCGCUGGCUUUGAACCGGAGAGACGAGGUUCUCACCCAUACCUGUGUGUCGAUUUCCGAAUUUUGCACUCCAAGCCCGAUCCCACCGCAUCCACGUCCUCCAGGAGGGUACGCAGGCUGCUCAGCUUCCAAAGGUACCUGAGCUCCUCGCGGCUCUUCCGUGGCGUGCCCCCCCGCAACCCCCUUCACAUCCUCGACGACGACUACACUGGCCAAGCAAAGUGUAUGCUGGAGAAGAUUGGAAGCUGGAAUUUCAACAUUUUCCUCUUUGACAGAUUAACAAAUGGAAACAGUCUCGUCACCCUGACAUUUCAUUUGUUUAAUCAUUAUGGAUUAAUUGAGCUCUUCCGGUUAGACAUGGUAAAACUUCGUAGAUUUUUAGUUAUGAUACAGGAGGACUACCACAGUCGGAACCCGUACCACAAUGCCGUCCACGCGGCUGACGUAACCCAGGCUAUGUACUGUUACCUUCAGGAGCCCAAGCUCUCCAAGUCCCUGACCUCCUGCGACAUUCUUCUGGGCCUGCUGGCUGCUGCCACCCAUGAUCUGGACCACCCAGGUGUCAACGAGCCUUUCCUCAUCAAGACCAACCAUUACCUAGCAGCAUUGUACAAGAAUACCUCAGUUCUGGAGAAUCAUCACUGGAGGUCAGCUGUCGGACUGCUUCGCGAGUCAGGACUGUUCUCACACCUGCCUGCUGAAGAUGGCCUGAACAUGGAAAGACAGCUGGGAUCGCUGAUCCUUGCUACAGACAUCAGCAGGCAAAAUGAAUACCUGUCAAAAUUUAGGGAGCACUUGGACAACGAGGACCUCUGUCUAGCCAACGCUUGCCACCGACACUUCGUCCUCCAGAUGGCCCUGAAGUGUGCAGACAUCUGCAACCCCUGUAGACCAUGGGAGCUGAGCAAACAGUGGAGUGAGAAGGUGACUGAAGAGUUCUUCCACCAAGGUGACAUCGAAAAGAGAUAUAAACUUGAAGUGAGUCCUCUGUGUGACAGCCAGGCGAACACCAUUGGCAAUAUUCAGAUCGGCUUCAUGACGUAUGUGGUAGAGCCGCUGUUUGCCGAGUGGGCUCGCUUCUCCGACACGCGCCUUUCCCGGACCAUGCUGGGCCACUUGGGCUUGAACAAGGCCAGCUGGAGCGGCAUGCUGCAGGAGCUGGCUGGCGGGGCCGACGAUGGCGCCCAGGAAGGGGCCGAGGUGCCCGCGGAGGACGGGAACUCCAAAGCAUUACCUCAGGGAAGCAAAGAGUCGUGAUCUUGCAGAACGGCGUGGGCCCGUGCGGGAUCACACUGCUACCGCUGCACCCAGCGCACACACCUCUGCGGGGUUUUGUUCGCAACACCUCCCAUCCCAAGAAACCACUUUUUUUUUUU